AUGGGAUUUCCUGACCUUUUUGUCACAUUCACAUGUAACCCAAAUUGGUUAGAAAUUCAACAGGAGGUAGAGCACAUUCCAAAUCGACGCACAGAGGAUAUACCGGAUAUACUUGUGAGAGUUUUUCGAAUUAAAUUGAAACAACUGAUGGCAUAUUUCAAGAACCGAAAAUUCUUUGGCAAAAUAAUUGCAAAUAUUCAUGUCAUCGAAUUUCAAAAGCAAGGGUUACCGUAUUCGCACAUUAUCUUGACAUUAUUAGCAGAUGACAAGAUAAAAUCGCCAGAGGAAAUUGAUGAUAUAAUUUGUGCUGAAAUUCCUGAUAAGGAUGAAGAUCCAUUAGCAUUUCAAACAGUGAUGAGGUGCAUGAUACAUGGUCCCUGUGGCAGUGCUAAUCCUAAUGCCCCAUGUAUGGUGAAUGGAAAAUGUUCAAAACAUUAUCUGAAGAAUUUUUGCAGUGAAACGAGUAUUGAUGAAAAUGGAUUUGCUAUCUAUAGGCGAAGGGAUACAAAGAAAAAAUACAUGGUUAAUGGAUUUGAAAUUGACAACAGAUGGGUUAUUCCAUACAACCGUGAUCUUAUUGUAUUGUAUGAUGCCCAUAUCAAUAUUGAGCGUUGUGCACACAGUAAAUUGAUCAAGUACUUAUAUAAGUACAUACAUAAAGGUCCUGAUCGUGCAACGGUUGUAAUUGAAGAUAAUGUUAAUCGACUUAACAUUGAUGGACAAAGUCUGUAUAGAGAGGCUGAUGAGGUAAAACAAUACUUAGAUUGUCGAUAUAUCUCCGCAAUUGAAUGUUGCUGGCGUAUAUUUGAGUUUGAAUUGCAAAAGCAAUACCCUUCAGUUGAACGGUUGCAGUACCAUCUACCUGGGGAACAAUCUAUUCUAUUUAGAGACACAGAUAACAUUCCAUCAAUUAUUAAUCAGUUGGGGGUUCACGAGACAAUGUUUACAAUGUGGUUUCAAGCAAACAGAGAUCAUGUAGAGGCGAAUACAUUAACAUAUGAAGAGUUUCCUAGCUCAUGGGUUUGGAACCAGAAACAGAAGAAGUGGAAAAUAAGGCAACAACAAAUAUGCAUAGGUAGAUUGUAUUAUGCACAUCUUAAUUCUGGUGAACGAUAUUAUUUACGUAUGCUGCUUACCAAGAUUCGAGGUGCAAAAUAUUAUGAAGAUAUUAGAACCGUUAAUGGCAUUGUGCACCCAACAUUUAAAUCUGCAUGCCUUGCACUUGGCUUACUUGACGAUGAUAAUGAAUGGGACGCAGCUUUAACAGAAGCCUCAACAUGGGCAUCAGGUGCUCAACUGCGAAAUAUGUUUUGCUCAAUGCUAAUGUUUUCUGAGGUUACAAUUGCAUAUGAAUUGUGGGAGAAUCAUUGGUUUGACCUUACUGAUGAUUUACAAAAUAGGGUACAAAGGCAAAUUGGGGAUGGCAAUAUAAGUCUCGAAGAAUGUGAAUUGAAAAAUUUAGGAUUGCUUGAAAUUGAACACAUACUAAAUCAGAAUGAAAGGUCUCUUAAAGAGUUUCCUUCGAUGCCACUACCAUCAUAUCGAUUAGGUCAAAUGGUUACUAAUAGGCUCAUAAGGGAGGAAUUGAACUACGAUAGCAUUUUAGAAAUGCAAUCUUUUGAAUCUUUAUAUGUGGGAUUGAAUGAUGACCAAUUGAAAGUGUUUAACACCAUAAUGAAAGCUUAUUCCACUCAUCAUGAGGGAUUAUUUUUUGUGUAUGGUAGUGGAGGAACUGGAAAGACAUAUUUAUGGAGCACUUUAAUUGCAAAAUUUUGA